UCCUCCCUCCCCCCGUCACGUGCCGGGGUGUCUGUAUCCGGUCGCGGCAAGGGCACGGAGCGGCCAUUGCUAUGACCAUGGCGCGGGCGGUGCGCUCAGUGCGGGCGGUCCUUGCACCACAUAUCCGCAGCUACGGAGACAGCAGCCAGCUGGGAGAGCUGGGAAAGGGAGCUGGGAAGGGCGGCGGUGGUGGUGGAUCGAUCAGAGAGGCAGGCGGUGCAUUUGGCACCAGGCAAGCUGCUUUGGAAGAAAGAUACUUCAGGGAGAAGGAAAGGGAUCAGAUUGAAAACCUGCAGAAGCAUCACCAGGAGGAGAUUCAUCACCACGAGAAGGAGAUCCAGCGCUUGCAGGAUGAGGUCAAACGCCACAAGGGCAAGAUCAAGAAACUGAGGCAAAGCGAUGACUCGGACGACUAGGCUUCUCAUUGUGUCGUGUGGCAACAGAAACUCCAUCAUGGCGUCAAGUAAUGCACUGUCUAUAAUCAUGUUUGGAGGUAUUGUAUGCAUAUCAAUAAAGAUUCUAUGACACCUUUUGCUUUGUGGGCUUGCCAGCUCUACAAACACCCUGGUUUAUUGGUUUUGGUUCUAUAAACAUCAAGAGCAGUAAUCACUGCAAAUUAGAUCAUCUACUGGGUUGGACACUAACUGAUAUCUUGUAUUUUUGAUUUUUGCUUGACCAGGAUUUCAACGAUAACCAAUGUAAUUUUCCUGUAAUCUAAGGUGUUUGUAUAUGUGCCUGUACAACAAGUAGACACGAGGAACUGCAGAUGCUGGUUUACAAAUAAAGACACAAAGUGCUGAUGUAACUCUGCGAGUCAGGUAGCAUCGCUGGAGAACAUGGUUGGGUGAUGUUUGGGGUUGGAACCCUUCUUCAGACUGAUUGUUGGGGAUGGUAGUGUCCACCUAUCACUCGCCUGGCUUUCCAGGUCUAUUCCACAUUCUUCCAUCCACCUCCCACUACAAUCAGUCUGAAGAAGGGUCUCAACCCAAAAUGUCAUCUGACUUUUCCAGUGAUGCUGCCUAGCCUGCUGAGUUACUCCAGCACUUUGUGUCUUUUUUGAUGAACCAGCAACUACAGUUCCUGUGUCUGCACUGCACCAAAGGUAAACUAGUGUGUGAUCUUCUACAUCAUGAAACACUGUUGAAUGGCUGUAUAGCUUGCUCUUUAAUGAAAUGGGCCUUUGCUUAAUUAACAUUUAAAUAAAGUGGUGUUCUGGAGGAA